GGAAAGGAAUAAAGAAAAGGGCAUCAUUGAAUUGAUUGGGUUUUGUAUAGUCUUCCAAGAGUUUCAUCAUCAGCCACCUUUUUCCAUUGUCUGUUUCAGAACCGCUUGGUACACGUGGCUAAAUUCCUCUUUCAGCUUCCAAUCCCCGCACUCAUCUCCCUUCUCUACCUCUUCAUCUUCUUCAGUUCCUUGCUCGGCAACUUGGGUUUCUGCUGUCAAAAUCAGCUGUUAUUGCUACAAAGUAUUUUGUGUUCCAAGCUCAUAAGAUCAAGCAAUUCUGAGGAAGAUUUCUGACUGUAAUCAUGAACAUUAGUUCACCUGUGACUGCGAGAGAUCAGAAAGAAAAACCAAAUUCCCGUGUUGAGGUUACUAACACAGAAAAGCAGUUGUGGUCGUCAAUCCAUUCCAAAGGGUUAUUGCAUUCUGAUGUUCGGGACUUGUACCACAAAAUCUGUUCAAGUUAUGAGGAAAUUAUUCUAAGUGAUCAAGAACUGACAGAACUUCAAGAUGUUGAGUAUUCGAUAUGGAAGCUUCAUUAUAAGCACAUUGACGAAUUUCGUAAAACAAUAAAGAGAAACUCCUCUGAUUCGGAAAGUAAGACACCCGCAAUUCCACGAAGUGGUGUUAUUGACAGCCAUAUAGAAGGAUUUAAGACAUUCCUACAGGAAGCAGCUGACUUUUACAAAGAGUUGAUUGUAAAAACCAGGAGUCAUAAUGGGCUUCCCAUAGAGUCUUCCAUUUGGAGAACAAGUGACAUCUCGGCUGAACCAAAGAAAUUGCAGAAGUGCCAAUUCUUAUGCCAUCGUUUUUUAGUUUGUCUAGGGGAUCUUACUAGGUAUAGAGAACAAUAUCAAAAAUCUACUGCCCAGAAUCCUAAUUGGUCAGUUUCAGCCACCUACUACUUGGAAGCUACAAUGGUCUGGCCAGAUAGUGGGAACCCGCAAAAUCAGUUGGCAGUAUUGGCAACUUACGUUGGUGAUGAGUUUCUUGCCUUGUACCACUGUGUAAGAAGUUUAGCAGUUAAAGAACCUUUCCCUGAUGCCUGGAAUAACCUCAUUUUACUGUUUGACAGGAACAGAUCAUGUUUAUUGCCUUUUCUCUCAAGAGAGGCUCAGUUUGAUUUCUUAAAACCAUCCAAGCGAAGCUAUGGACAAACCAUAUCAGCAGCAGAUCAUGAUUCUCCAAAUUGCAAACCAUUAAAAAGUGAACAUGAUGGCUGGGUGGAAACAAAUUUGUGGCCACUUAUUAUCAGAACUCUGAGUUUCUUCUUCAUAAAAUCCAGCUUAGAGGACUUCUCUUCUACUUUUGCAUCUACCUUGAGAGGGUUGGACAUGGUGAUAGCAGUAGAUGAUAUGAAACUUAGAGAAAUGUUGGAGUCCUAUCAGCUUAUGGAUUCAGCUAGAAGAGGUCCCUUUCGGGCCCUUCAAGUUGUUGCUAUAUUCAUCUUUACCUUCCAUAACCUAGUUAACAGCCAAGAAAUUGAAGGGAAAAAGCACAUAGAGGAUGCACAUCAUCUUGAGUUGACGCGGUUGGCAUUGACGGCUACAUUCAUUUUAAUGGGAUGUCUUGUGGAAAGAUGCUUGAAGACAAAUGCCGUGCUCUUUUGCCCCCUAUUACCUGCUGUACUUGUUUUUGUGGAGUGGCUGUUGAGCAUUCUUGAUAUAGCUGAAGAAUAUGGUGCGGAUGAGAAAACUACAAGUGCCAUAUCAUAUUUUUUUGCUGCUUUUGUCAACCUUUUAAAGCAGUUGAAUGGUAAGGCUGAAGUUUCAUCUCAUGAAAGAACUGCACUGUGGGAAGACUAUGAGUUGAGAGGCUUUGCACCUUUAGCUCAAAUACAUGUUUCAUUGGAUUUCUCAUGCAAACAUACAGAAAACUCUGAGAGUGGGACUGAAUGCCGUGCUGACCGCAUCAUUGAUGCUGCAAAGAAGAUAGCAAACAGAUCAAAUGGUUGGCGUAAAUGGAUCAAUUAUGAUAGUUUAGGAAGGAAAUUCUAUGGGGAAGAGGGAAAUGUAAUUUCAGAAAGAAAAGAAACAGAAAAUGAUGAGUUCAUCAUUUCUGAUAUUGAAGUGAAAGGGCUGCAUCAGACCAUGAGUGGAGACCUAAAAGUUGAGACUGAGAUUCUGAAUGAAAAGUUAAGCAAUCAUUCUGUGAGCGGGAAAUCUGUCGUGGUUGAGGAGGAAGAAGUCAUUGUCUUCAAGCCACUUACCAGAUUUAAUUCAGCCCCUCUUUAUGCUUCUUCUAAUGGAAGAGACCCUGCCUCUCCAAAAGGGAUGGAGGAUCAAACAUUUCCUUCUGAUGAAUGUUUGCGACGUGCUACGUCAGUACUUAUAGCCCAAAAUCAAGCUGAUGGUUAUGAUUCAGAUUUUCAGUUUGACCUCUCAAAUUUCAGGCGUAGCAAGCCAUUCAAGCAGCAGGAGCUUCUUGUAAAAGAUGCAUUACAGCAGCCACUUUCAGAGGCACCUAUCUCCGCUGGACCUCCAUCCCUUAAUGCUUGGGUUCUAAAUAGAGGAAUUUUGAGCGGUGAUAGAGAAAAAGUAAUAAGUGAAAUUAGACAGGGCUUGAGCCCUAUUGAGGAAAUGGCUUCUGAAUCCUUGAUUGGUCUCUCCAUAUGUGGAACUGAUGCUUCUGUCACUUGCUCAAAGCCUGAAGCUUCAAAAACCCAUUACGUGUCUCCUGUGCCUUCAGCUCCACUAUUACCGGAUGAUGCUGCUUGGUUUAGUGGUCUUCAGUCAAGUUUUUCUGACACUAAGAACUCAGGGUGCAUUAACAAACCAGAGAAUUUCUACAAUGCAACACAGGUAGGUGGCUAUUCUAAUUGGCCUGCAAAUGCCCAGCUUCAUUAUGGCCCUCCCAUUCCAGGUUUUGUGGAGAAGUUCCCACCAUAUCGUGGAAUGACUUCUUCUGAAUGGCUUCGUCAAUACAGAGAAAGUCGCAAUAUUGAACGAGCCAGUAGCCAUACCUGGCCAGUGAACUAUUAUGCUGCUGUGAACCCUGGAAACUUCCCCACUUCCCCAUCUGGCCUUUUUGAUCAAUAUGGAAUUCCUUCAGCUCCUAACACAGUGAUGCAUAAUGAACCUUCACCAUUGCAUCCGGGAUUUCCUCAUGUUUAUGGUAUAGAUGAACAGAGAAGAGAGAAUCUGUUCUAUGGUUACCAAAGACCAAGCCCUUAUGGCUGUGGUGCUGUUACUGAAUUUGGACAGGAUCCACGGCCAAUUCUGCAGUAUCUCAAGGAGAAAGAAUGGCUACUUCAGCAGGAUCCAACCUUGGGCAAUCAUAGGUACAUGUGAAAUUAAGACUUCUUAGAAACCGUUGAUACCAGUAGUUAUAAUCCUAGAGUUCAGAUGUCAGUUUAAAGAAGCUGGCAAUUCUGUUUGCUUGUAUAUAUCAAUAACUGCAUGUGAAGAAAUAUCAUUUUUCUUGUUUCAUGUUCUAUAAUAUUCUCUUUCUAACUAGAUUUUACUCAGAAUGUACUUUGUAG